GGUAACGCCUCAGAGCGAGGUAACGCCGCAUGAGUCAUGUUUUUUCGUGCGUGCAGCCGGCUCCAUCGAUUUAUAAGACGUUGUCACGUCAAAAAUUUACGGGAGAAACGGCCAAUCGAAAUGUUUCACACUGGUCAGGUGGUCACCCAUUUUCUCAAAAAUAUGCUUAAGUACCCACUAAAGGUAGUGGGAAUUAGCUAUUGCAGGCCUUAGAAGGUAAAAUAAUGGCAGUAAGCACAUUACCUGGUGAAAGUGAAUUUGGCAGCGGGCGGUGUAUGUGGGCGGUGAGCAGCGACGGCAGCGCGACGUGCGUGUCCGUGCCCGCGCUGCAGCUGCUGGCGCGCGUGCCGGGCCGCGCCGGCGCCGGCGACCUCCACUACGUGCAGCCCGCCGCCGCCGCCGGCCUCGUGGCGUGGUGAGUGCGGGUGUGGGAGCUACAGCUGUGGACCACGUGAGCUACAGCGCGGCUGUUGCAGGCCGGCGGGCGGGCGCGCGGGCCGCGUGCACUGGGUGGCGGCGGCGGCGUGCGCGGGCGGCGCGCUGGCGCACGGCGCGGCGGCCGUGUGCUGCGUGCUGCCGCGCGACGGCCUGCUGCUGGUGCUGGCCGGCGACGAGCUCUACGAGUGGCGCAGCCGCGCGACGCCGCAGCUGGACGCGCGCGGGUGCUAGCUGCGUCACCGCUGCUCGUCGCCGCCGCUCGACAGACAGCUUCACUCACCGCAUUCAAAUGGCAGCAUUACUUGCUUUCAUUGGGUAACGAGGGGGCCGCCAUCACAUUCGGCAGUGCGCCGUCACACACACACGACAUGGCCCUGCGAGUCCCGCUCGCGCGCGUGCUGCGGGCCGCCGCCGGCUCGUGCGGCGCCGCGCCGCCGCCGCGCUGCCCGCCGUGCCGCCCCGCGCCGCCGCCGCCGUGCCGCGCGCGCCCGCCCGCCGCGCCGCGCGCGCGCCGCGUGCUGUGCUGCGCGCCGCCCGCCGCGCGCCGCCCGCCCUGCGCGCCGCGCCUGCCCGCCUGCGCGCUCACCUGCGACUCCCAACUCCCGAAACUCAAAACUUCAAGCCGGACAAGCAGCAGAGAUCCAUUUCGGAUAACGUCAACCGAUUGCGAAGUCGACCAAGACCCGGUAGCGGAGCGGCUCAAACUCGCCAAGCGGGCGCAGCGCGCGGAGUACGAGCGCGAGGUGAGCGAGCGCGCCGCCCGCGCGCCCCCCGCCGCGCCCCCGCGGGACCUCUACCGCCUCUCCGGCGAGCGCGAGUGUGCGCGCGCCACCGACGGCUGCGUGUACGCCGUGCUGCCCGACGCGCCCGCCCCGCCCGCCGCCUCCACCCGCGCCGCCGCGCCGCGCCGCUGCGGGCCCGGCCGCAAGCCGCCGCCGCCGCGCUGCGUGCAGCUGGCGCACGACGACGCCUGCCGCAUCAAGGGCGACGCGCACCUCGACCCUUGCGCGCACCUGCCGCGUGUCAUGAUCGAGAUUGAUCGCAGUUCUAAUCAUGUAGCCACGAGUAAGCCUGCGACUCCGAAGAGCUCUACCGGGGGAGGGUCACGGUCUGCACACCCGAGCUGGUGCGCCGACCCGCCGAAGCCGGCCUCCCCCCCACCGCGGUGUCGCCGCCCCACCAUUGUUGAACGGCUUCGUAGUCACCGUCCAGAAUCUAGAACUGAAAGACGCAUUCACACGUCGGUGAGCGCUUUGGUAAAUCAGAAAUCUGGAAACUCUAAUUCUAGCGGCUGGAAAGAAAUGCUUCAUAAAAAGAAACAGCUAAAGGUAGCCGGUGUCGGGCGGGUCGCAGUUUGCACCCGAGCGGCCGGCAAGCAGGCGCCCGCGCCGGGCGGCGAGCUGCAGCUGCGCGUGCCGCCGGGCACGACGCGCGUGGCCGUGCGCGUGUCGCUGCACGCGGCGCCGGGGGCCGCCUGCCCCGCGCCUGCGUCCUCGCCCUCCUUACCAACACCGUCUCGUACAAAACAGGCCUCAUCAUGCACCAACUUCACUUCCAAACCUGAGAAUAGUGACUCGUGGUUAUCUAUAAAAAGCAUUCAGAAAAAAAUAUCAGGCCAAUGCCAUCAAGAGUCUGGUAGCCGGAAGGUGGGAAGGGCGGCCCCCGACUCCCCGCCGGCAGCCCCGCACGCGCCGCGCUGCGCUGGCUCGCGGGGUAAGGCAGGAGCCAAGCACUACUCGUCCGCCGCCGCAUUACUAGCAAACACUAUAUCUUCCUACUCGUAACUAAUACAGCCAUUGUCGUGUGUGUAUUUUUUUAUAAUAAAAUUUACACAGUAAGUAAAAACUA